GCAACCAGUUCGAAUCCAGCAUUUCUCGGCGAAGCGUUCGAGCGGGCAUUCUCUUUCUCGUACUCUGCUUUACAUCGCCGAGAAUAACACGCCGGUGCCCGGAAAUGUGCAGGUGAAACCACUCGACGGAAACGCGCCAAGAUUGUUCGGUGUUCAACGACCAAUAAGUGGCCAUCGCGACAACACAGCCAACUAAGCGUGGAAUUGUUAUUUCGGGGAAGAGAAGAUCCCGCUACUAUACCACCAUGAUAUGGAGCAAUCUGACCUGCGUGGACGACUUCUUGAACCGAGCCUUUCACAAAUUGGGCCUCGUGGUAGGUCGACAUCCCGGCUACUUCGUGGUCAUUCCGAUUCUAUUGGCCUGCAUUUGCUUCACCGGCUACCAGAGGAUCCAUUACGAGAUCGAUCCCGAGUACCUCUUCUCGCCGACCAAUGGUCCAAGCAAAACGGAAAGGGCUAUCGUCGAGCACUACUUCAAGGUCAAUUACAGUCACCAUUUCAGCAUAGGUCGCAUUACUAGGCCAGGUCGAUUCGGUCACUUGAUUAUAACGUCGAAGGAUGGAGACGAGAAUUUGUUGAGGACAGCUGUCUUCGACGAGUUGGUCCAAUUAGACGAAGUGAUUAGAAACGUGAAAGCAACGUACGAGGGUGAGGUGUUCACCUACGAACAAAUCUGCGCCAGAUGGCUGGACCAAUGCUUUUCGAACGAAGUUCUAGAACUUACCGACAUCAUCGGAUCUGUGGAGAGGCGGGAACUGAAUCUGACGUUCCCGAUGACGUUUCACCCAGACACCUGGGUGUUUCAUUUCCUACCAGUCUAUUUCGGUGGGACCGUGAUCAACGAGGACCGAGUUGUAGAGUCUGCGCCGUCGGUGCAACUCGCGUACUUCCUUACAGCUGAAAACCCCCGUCAAAAUGCAAUUGGGGCGGCUUGGGAAGAAGCGUUCCUCGAGGCUGUUAGAAAAGUCGAGGAGGAAGGUGUCUUCAAGCACAUCGCCACAGCGAGGUUCGCCUCCAGGACCCUCGAGCUGGAGUUGGAGGAGAACACGAAGACCAUCGUACCCUAUUUCUCGAGCACGUUCAUCCUCAUGGCUCUCUUUUCCGUGGUGACGUGUAUGAUGACCGAUUGGGUUCGCAGCAAACCUUGGCUGGGACUACUCGGAAACGUUUCCGCGGCCAUGGCCACCGUCGCAGCCUUUGGCCUCUGCAUCUACUUGGGCGUUGACUUCAUUGGUCUCAAUUUGGCUGCGCCGUUCCUUAUGAUAGGAAUCGGAAUCGACGAUACGUUCGUGAUGUUGGCAGCUUGGAGACGGACCAGCAUCAUGAAACCGGUACCUGAAAGGAUGGCGGCGACUCUCAGCGAGGCUGCUGUCUCGAUUACGAUCACCUCGUUGACCGAUAUGAUAUCGUUUUUCAUCGGGAUCCUCUCGCCUUUCCCAUCGGUUCAGAUCUUCUGCAUCUAUUCGGGAUUCGCGGUGGUUUUCACUUUUCUCUUCCAUCUGACGUUCUUCACCGGUUGCGUGGCCAUCAGUGGCUACUGCGAGCAAAGGAAUCUUCACAGCAUCGUGUGCUGUAAGGUCCAGCCGCUCUCCAAAUCCACGCAUCGAUCUUGGCUGUACAAAGCUCUGUGCACCGGAGGAGUGGACCCCGAUGAUCCAUACAAUCCGAUCGAUAACCCGGAACAUGGCUGCAUGAGUUGGUUCCGCGAUUACCUGGCCGUCGCGCUGAACUGCCGACCGAUCAAGGUCGUGAUCAUUCUAAUAUUCGCUUGCUACCUGGCCGGUGCCCUCUACGGAUUGACGACUCUUCAGGAAGGCUUGGAUCGUCGCAAGCUCUCCAAGAACGAUUCUUAUUCCAUUGUCUUUUACGACCGACAGGACUAUUACUUCCGGGAAUUUCCUUACCGGAUACAGGUGGUGGUGAGCGGCGAGUACGACUACAGCGACCCGGUUAUCCAGCAACAAAUGGAGGACCUGACGAGGUCCCUGGAGGCCAGUAAGUACAUUAGCGGCGGCCAGUUCUACACGGAGAGCUGGCUACGAAAUAUUGUCGGGCUCGUGAACGACACCACGGACGAGAAGAGCUUCAUAUCGAUGCUGAAAGAAAGCUGGCUGCAGCCGAACAGCGUAUUCUCGUUGGACGUGAAAUUGGACGAGGCGGAGGAGCACAUCGUGGCCAGCAGAUUCGUGAUCCAGGCGGUGAACGUGACCGGUACCAAUCAAGAGAAGGACAUGGUGAAAGAGUUGCGUCGCAUCUGCGCGGAUUCUCCCUUGAACGCCAGUGUUUUCCAUCCGUAUUUCGUGUUCUUCGAUCAGUUCGAGCUGGUGAAGCCGACCAGCAUCCAGUGCAUGGUGUUCGGCGCGUUGAUAAUGAUGCUGAUCAGCUUCAUCUUCAUACCGAACGUGUUGUGCUGUCUCUGGGUAGCGUUCUGCAUCAUCUCCAUUGAGCUGGGGGUCGCUGGAUACAUGGCCCUUUGGGACGUCAACCUGGACAGCAUAUCCAUGAUCAAUUUGAUCAUGUGCAUAGGUUUCAGCGUCGACUUCACCGCCCACAUUUGCUACGCGUACAUGAGUUCCAAACAGAAAACGCCGGACGAGAAGGUCAAAGAAAGUCUUUACAGUCUCGGACUGCCGAUAGUCCAGGGCGCCACUUCGACGAUUCUAGGCCUGGUCGCUCUGCUCUUAGCUGGCACCUACAUCUUCAUGGUAUUUUUCAAGAUGGUCUUCCUAGUAAUCUUCAUAGGAGCCAUGCACGGCAUGUUUCUACUGCCCGUUCUGCUGUCUCUGUUCGGCCCUUCCUCCUCGGAGGUCGACGAAACGGAGAAGGCGCAACAGAGGAAGCUGGGGAUGGAAGCUAACGACAUGGCCAGCAAACUCCAGCAGCCGUACGUGAUUCCACAUCCGAGUCUCGCCUACUAUCAUCCCACAGGAGCCACGAAGAGUCUCCAAGGGAGUCCAGCGACCAGCUUGGCCGCAUUCGAGGAAAGGGAUCCCGGUCUGGGAACCAGCGAGGACAGCAACUCGACGGAGAGUGGCUCCUCGCAGAGCAGACCGCGCGAGGGCCAGUUGGAGCAAGAGAACCAGAGGCGUCACGACGUCUGGAGAAGAUCCAUCGGGGUUCUUUACGGUAUGUCGCAGUUCCAGACAGCCGCUCAGCCAGCCUCGCCGCCUCCGGACUACGCUGGAGCGUUGCAGGAGCUUCAGGCCGAUCAGGAACGUCGGGCAGUCAGGACGGUGCCCUUCGUGGGCCCGUAUCCCGCCCACCGGCCAGCCAAUCAGCUCCAAAGAGACCACAGGAGAAGUAGGUCUUAUCAUAAUAUCCAUCACUCGUCAAGGUACUUGACCGAUCCACGGUAUCCUUAAGGAAUUUGGGAUUCAAACUCACCGGGCUCCGCGUCGAAUUCACGGAAGCGGGUUCAAGGAACCCCAGGACUGUGAACCGAUCGCCGAUCGAGGAACGAACCGUGGAUCUGUGAGUCGGUCGAUCGGGAAAAAAGACUUGUUUUCAAAGUGCGCGUCAGAUACGUUUUUUUUUUUUUGGAUAGAUUUUUUUAACGUAGGACGUUAAGCUAUUAUGGACGAGUACGAGAGAGCAACGAGUGUCUCAUCAUGGCGCGUUACUGCGGGCAGCUACGAAGAAUGUCCUUCGGGCAACAAUAAGAUCGUAUUUUUAUGGCAGCGUUCCGAUCGUCGUGCUUGAAUUUCUUCCGGAGGCAUUCUCGCCCGACUCUUCAGUAUACAUUUUCGGUAUACAGAAUUCGAAUCAGUUUUUCGUUGUUCACAAAUCGAGCCGCCGAAAGCCGGAAGUGGCGUAAGUCAAGAAAGGUUUAUUUCUGGACGAAUUGGAAGUUCUGUAAAAUAUUGCAUUUCUUCUUUUGUAAAUUACCGUUAAGUUUUAAUUUAAAAUAAUAAUACCAUCCUCGAACGAAGGUACAUUAUCAUUGUAUUCAAUAUUCUUUUGAUUUACAUCAUUUUUACUUUCAACGGCCCGAACGAUAAGCGUGUGACUUAUGAGGAACAUCGUCGACAGUCGUCACUCGGGUGAUGUUCUUUGUUAGAACGUAGCCUUAUUCGUUUAGUUACGAAUUUCUUCAUCCCUUCUUCGUCUCUGUUAACUCCUUCUAGGACUCAUCUCACGUAUCCAACUACCUUUAAUAUAUUUUUGUCUUCCGAAGUCGUCUCUGCGAAUCGUUGGCUCUUAUAGAUAUUUAUAUAAUUUAUAAAGAGAGACUUCGACGAUUUACGAAGGGGCAUGGGAACCUGGUUUGACUAGGAACUGUUUUCGACAAAAUUUUUCUAUUUGAUGCACGGACAGUGUUUGUGUUAUCAUAAACAAAACUUAAACUGAACUGUGAGGCGUCAUUGGAGCGAAAAGGGUUAAAUAGUUGACCAUUCCCUAAUACAAUGUUAGCACUAGAUCGUAAAUAUAAUUACACUGAGUGUGCAUGAUACGUCCAUUUACCAUUGAACUCGUCGCCCGAUUAAUCUAUGGUUUCCUUUCUUUUUUUUUUAAAUUUAUACGAGUAAACACUAUUAUCGUUAGGUUUGCGCGAGAAAAUGGCAGGAGUUAUCCGCGCACGAGUGAACGAAGAAUCGCGAAAGACGGUUCGUUUCAAUUUUAAUGGUUCCUCGCGAUUGUUCGAUGUUUGCGAUCUACGGAUCCGAGAAUCAUGGAACUUUUUACGUAGUGUUUAAGGAACUGUUUGCAACGAACGACAAACCUGCUCAAUAGAAAUCAAACCAAAACGCGCAAUGGAGAAGCGAACCCUUCUCAUUUUGACCUACGUUUUAACCCUCGACCUAAACGUAUCUUCGCAAAUUUGAAAAUUUAACGAACAAAUAAUAAAUGUUUUCGACCCGUCUUCAAACUUCAGAAAAUGCCCCAAUGAAUUAAAAGUAAAGAAAAAUAAUUUAUAACGCAUUUUUACAUUCUUACAUUGUACAUCCAAAUAUAUGUCGAUUUAUCGUUGAAUCGUUGGGAGAGGAAAAAUUGAAGUCAGGAAAAUGUUUAUUGUUCGCUUGUUAAAAAUAAAAAAUGGUGCGUGUCUUACUGAGAAAAUGAACGUGAUUUCGAAUAAAAUAGGCGACGCGAAGGUACAAAGCGUGGGUGAAGUCGAUUGAGAGUGCUCGCGGCUGUGGAUGAGGGCCUCUAAGAUGAAUUUUAUCGGAUACGAAAUUUCUUUUGGGCCCCUUCCUUUCUCUAUUAGUCAUACUUUUUUUUAUCGUGAAUGCUAAUCGUCAUACAAUGUAUGCAAAUAGUUUUUGAGAUCCCAGGUACACACCAGCGUUGUUUGCAUGGCUCUCUUACGAACUCUGAUGUGGAUGAGCGAAUGAAUUUACUAGGAGUUCUGGAAAACGGCAGGACUCUUUCUGAAAAUAGCAACGGUCGAGUAUUCAUGUUUAUGAAUGACAGAGUGCAUUGUUUAUCGCGGACUGGCAGCUGCCAUUGGACAAAUUCUUG